CUGAUCCUCCUUCAAGAUGCGGCAACUUCGGCCGCUUUUCGUAUCACACUCAGGGAACUGCAAGAAUAUUCAAUGGACACGCCUGAGGACUCUGCACAGGUGUCUCUCCACGUCACUGACAAACUCUUGCAAGGAAGAUAAUGAUACGUCAGCUCAGAAAUAUAAGAGAACAGUUCUCUUGCCUACGACGAGUUUUCCUCUCCGGGUCGAAGGAGCUAAACGGGUCAAGAAUGAGAGGAGAAUUCAAGAGGAGGCUGGCUUUGCAGACCUAUAUGACUGGCAGAGAAAGCAGAUGCGCAAGCAAGAGUAUGUUCUGCAUGAUGGGCCACCAUAUGCUAACGGAAAACCUCAUAUUGGUCAUGCAGUUAACAAGAUUCUUAAGGAUAUAACCAUGAGACAGAAACUCCUAAGAGGCUACAAAGUGCACUACAUCCCAGGCUGGGAUUGCCAUGGUCUCCCCAUUGAACUAAAGGCACUUGAUAGGGACAAAAAGAAGAAGAAGAAAGAUGUUUCAACCCCAACUACUCCUCUUGGGAUCAGGAAGAUGGCCAAAAGAUUUGCUGAAGAGGCUCUAGACAUUCAGCGUGAAACAUUUAAAAGAUGGGGUAUGCUGGCAAACUGGUCCAACAUAUAUCGUACUUUUGAUCCAAGUUAUAUAUCGAAGGAGCUCCUUCUCUUCGCAGAUUUAUAUGAAAAAGGUUAUGUUUAUCAGGCUUAUAAACCUGUGUAUUUCUCUCCAUCUUCUGGCACUGCGUUAGCGGAAGCAGAGCUGGAAUAUAAUAAUGAGCACUGUAGUCCCUCUAUAUAUGUUGGGAUGCCAUGCAGUGAUUUGCCUCAUUUUGUACAGAUGUUAUGUUACUUUGUACUGAAUACUGGUUGA